GAAAAUAUUUUGUCGAGAAUCGUCGAAGUAGAACCGUUGAUCGCGAACCGCAUUUUUAUCGAGUUCUGUGUUGGGUGAUCAAAAUAUUAUUAGAAUGUGUCGAGCUAUGUCGCAAAAAAAGUGCACAUCAACGAUUUUGCUGGCAGUGUUAGUGCAAUAUUGUACAAUUUUAUGUGCAACGGCUGAUCCAACAUCCUAUUAUCAACGAAACAACGAUGGAUCCUACGGAUAUCGAUACAGCGGUGGUGAUGGAUUUAAUGCAAGACAAAGUGCAAAUGCAGCUAAUGAAGUAGUUGGCCAAUACGCUCAAAUACAACCAGAUGGUAGGAUAAAAAAUGUUCCAUAUAGUUCUGGAGUAGGGGGAUUCCGGCCACGAUACGGAUCAGCUUAUACCGGUACUUUAAGAGCAACUGGACAAACGUUUGGAGCAAGAUUUUAUGGUUCAGGAUCAGGACUUUUUGGAUCCCGAUCACUAAGCGGUUCUUCACCAUUUGGCUCUGGAUCAUUCGACAACCCUGGGUUUUAUAGCAAUGCAGCGUCUGCUGGAGGAUCCUUUGGUGCAGGGGGAUUAUUGGGGAGUGAAGCACUAGAUGGUAGAUCGGUUGGAGCACAAUCUCUAGGGAGUGGAUUAGUAGGUACUGGUUCUAGAAGUGGCUCUCCUGGAGAUGGGCCUAUUGGAGGAGGAAGGACACCUCACAGCACUGUAGGAGGCAGACCUCUUGGAAACAGUCCUUUCGGCAGUGCAUUGCCUGGAAGCGGAAACUUUGGAGGACGUGGAUAUCUAGAUGGAUCAAAUAAUGAUGCAUUGACCCCUGGAUCUAUUUCCAGUAGAUCACCCAUAGGGGGAUCCCUUGGCAACGUACCUUUUGGUGGAAGUUCGCCAGUUGAUGGAACUUUAACACCAGGAACAUUAGGCACUAGAUCGGGUUACAACUUUAGACCAUUUGAAUCGAACGCAUACGGAGGAAGGCCGCAACAAAGUUUUGGCCCAGCUGGAUCAUCUUAUGGGGGGUUUCCUAGUUAUGCCGCAAACCCUAACUAUGCUAGAUCAUUUAGUUAUCCUGAGCGAGUGCCUUUGACAUUUGUGUAUACCACACCAAGACCGUAUUCAACACCAUCAACUAUUCACAACUAUGGGUCCAAUCGUAAUCUAUAUAAUGAUAAUGAUUCAUCGGGUUUAUCAUAUUCGGGCGGUGCAAUAGGUGGUAAUACCUUCACACCUACAAAUGGGGCAGCAAACAAUAACCCACACAACGUUGGAGCGAAUACUGGUUUACAAUCAACCGGCGUGGGUGGCACGACCGCCACUGGAAGAGCUCAAUCAGGCCCUCAAAAUGAUGGAUCAUACAAUUUUGCGUAUCGAACCCCGGACUCCACAAGGCAGGAAUCAUCCGACAGACAAGGAAAUGUUCAAGGAUCAUAUUCUUUCCGCAAUGGAAACGGAAAUCAUGACAUGUCAUUUGUGGCUGGACCCAGCACAGGAUUCCAGCCAACUGGAGGCAGUCUAGCCGUUCCGAAUGGUCUCGGGCAGCGCACACCAGGUACAAGUAGCUCAACCACUGGAGCAACAGUUCCGAGCACUCUAUUGCGAACCGCAAACCCUAAUGCUCAAUUGAACCCAGGUACAGGAAGAACUGAUAUGGGUGGGAUUAGAGCACCCUUUGGAUCUGGUUCCAUUUCUGGUGGAAUACCAGGCACAAGUCCUGGAACAGCUGGAUCACACGGUUCACAACAAGUGAAUCCGUAUGGAGUGCAAGGGUACCCAGGAACAUUAACCAACGAUGGUAGAAGUAAUGUUAAUGGAAUCGGUUUGAGAGCUGGAUCCAGCAAUAACGGUGGUGGAUCUUUGUCUGACGCAAAUGGUCUAUCUGGAGGAGAAAAUGGAUUUGUAAAUAGACUUGGUUCGGGAAGGGGAAUUGGCAAUAACGCUAACGGUCAAGCUGGUGGUGGUAAUCGUAAUCUCUUUGGCAAUAACGCAAAUGGUCAAAUUGGAAAUGGUAAAGGAUCAUCAAUUGAAGACAGCAAUUCCGGAAGAGGGUUUGGUAGUAAUGCAGGCAGAUCGUUAACUAAUGCUAAUAGUGGUGGUGAAAGUGGGAUAGGCUCGGGAAUAGGAAUUGGCGAUAAUGCUAACGGUCAAACUGGAGAAAGAAACAUAUUGGAAAGUGGGCUUAAUUCAGCAAUUGGAAAUGGAGAAGGAUUUCUAUCCAACAUCAAUAACGCUAAUGGUCAAACAAGGAGUGCUAAUGGAUUAACAAAUGGAGUUAAUUCCGGAAGUGGAUUAGGUAGUUUUAAAGAUAGAUCGUUAACUAACACUAACGAUCAGCAUGGAGGCGAAAAUAUAGUUAGAUCGGGAAGUGGAUUAGGAAAUAGCGCCAACGAUCAAUCUGGGGACUCACUUGGAUUGGGAAAUGCAGUGAGUUCGGUGCACGGGAUUGGUAGUAAUAGAGGAGGAUUCUUAUCCAACGCCAAUGAUUUGGGAAAAAAUGGAUUGCCUAGUGGAGUCGGCUCUAAUGGUCAAGUUAGAAGAGGUAAUAAUAUACCACGUGGGGUUGGCUCAGGCAGUAGUCAAAGUGGAUUGGUAUCUAACUCCAAUGGUUUAUCUGAUGGAAACAAUGUUUUGUCAAAUGGGUUCGGUUCGAGAAAUAGGUUUGACAAUAAUGCCAACGGUCAAACGGGAGGUGGUAAUGGGCUAGCAAAUGGAGUCAGGUUGAACAGUAAUAAAGGUGGACCGUUAUCCAACGCCAAUGGUUUAUCUGGUGGUGAAAAUGCUUUAGUAAAUGGACAGUCUGCAAGUAGAGCCAGUUUAGGUAGUAGCAUUGGCAGUAAUGGAAAUAGAUUGCUAUCUAAUGCUUACAGCCAAAUUGAAGGAGGUAGUAGAUCAGCAAAUGAGGGCGCUACAGAAAGUGGAUCUACAAACAAUAGAGGUGGGUUAUUAUCUAACUUUAGGGGACAAGCAAAGGGGGAAACUGAAUCAGGGAAUGGCGCCGGUUGGAGUAGUGGAUUUGGCAGUACUGAAAGUGGAUAUUUAUCUAACGUUUAUGGCCAAACUGGUAAUGGAAAUUCGGGUUUAAGAUCACAAUCAGCUAAUUCUGAAAAAUCUAGACGAUAAAUAGUUUUUCUUUCGUUAAUUUCUCUCAAUCACAAAAAUAAUGGUAAUAAAUAGUAGCUAUUCGUAUGAUUGAAAAUAACGUUCCAUAAAUAGUUUCUUAUUGAGUUUCUAUUUAAUAGACGGAUAGGUUUCAUAGUUAAUGGUAAAAUUUUGCUAAUGGAAGUUCGAAACUGUAAUAAUAAAUCAUAAUGUUAGUUCAACAUGUCUUUCAUGGCAACUUCGAAGGCAAAUAAAGAGCUACAAUGGAAUUCUUGGCCAGCGUAA